GCUCUCCUCGGCCCGGCUCGGGCUGCCGCGCCGGUGGGGGUGGGCGGCGGGGAUGACAGCGGCUGUGGCGGCGGCUGCGGCGCGCGGCUGAGCGAGCGGGGAAGAGGAAGUGGAGCCUCGGCCCGAGCUCCGGAGUCAGCUGGCGCGUGGAGCGCGGAGCUGGGGAGACUUCCCCGCCGGCGCCUGCCCUGCCCAGCCCCGGGUUCCGCGCCCAGACGCUCCUUUGCCCGCGGUCCGUGCUUGUGGCCGCGACGCCCGGGCGGGACGCUCCUGGCUCCGCCGUACGGCUCCACGCCUGCGGGUUGGUUGGCAGCCUUCCUACCACUGUGGGUCGGAGCCCCUAGCCCUCCGCCCCGAGAUUAGCGCUUGGGUGGCCCCAGCCUCCGGACCUGGGCGCAGAGGAACCCGGACGCCCCCAAUCUCGGGACGCCAAAGACCCGACCCUUCAGCUGCCUCGAAUCAAGCGCUUCGGACUUGGAGCGCCCGAGAAGCCCCGGGCCGCGUCCAGCGCCCCAGGUGGGGUCCCGGCGGGCAGGACAGUCGGACUGAACCCCCGGACUGGUGCUGCGAGCUGUAGUCGCUGCCUCCCUCCCGCCCUGGGCUGGGGCUCGGGAUUCAGCGCUCGCCCGGAGGAGAGCACCGGCUCGUUCCGUCCCGGCCAGAGCCGAGGCUGCAGGCUAGCGACUGGCCCAGGUGGAUCCCCAGGGAGGACCUUGGCACUUCUCUUCCUGACAAGACCUGAGCUCUGCCAGUGACGUGACAUCACUGCCUCCGUAGACAGAAACCCCCAGGAGUCCAGCCCACUGCUACCACUACCUUCUUCCAGGACCAGCGGGGGCUCCAUGGGCGCCUGAGGGCCCGGCGCCAGGGCCGCGGGCACGAGCAUGGUGAGACACCAGCCCCUGCAGUACUACGAGCCUCAGCUGUGCCUCUCCUGCCUCACGGGCAUCUACGGCUGCCGCUGGAAGCGCUACCAGCGCUCCCACGAUGACACCACGCCGUGGGAGCGCCUGUGGUUCCUGCUCCUCACCUUCACCUUCGGCCUCACACUCACCUGGCUCUACUUCUGGUGGGAAGUCCGUAACGACUAUGACGAGUUCAACUGGUACCUCUACAACCGCAUGGGCUACUGGAGCGACUGGUCCGUGCCCAUCCUCGUAACUACAGCCGCCGCCUUCACGUACGUCGCAGGCCUCCUGGUCCUGGCACUAUGUCACAUCGCUGUGGGGCAGCAGAUGAACCUACACUGGUUGCACAAGAUAGGGCUGGUGCUCAUCCUGGCCUGCACGGUGGUGGCCGCGGCCGCUGUGGCCCAGCUGUGGAAAGACGAGUGGGAGGUGCUGCUCAUCUCCCUGCAGGGCACAGCACCGUUUCUGCACAUGGGGGCCCUGGCCGCCACCACCGCCCUCUCCUGGAUCGUGGCAGGACUGUUCGCCCGGGCGGAGCGCUCCUCCUCGCAGGCCACCAUCCUCUGCGCCUUCCUCGCCGUGGUCUUUGUGCUCUACCUGGCCCCUCUCGCCAUCUCCUCUCCCUGCAUCAUGGAGAAAAAGGACCUGGGCCCCAAGCCUGCCCUCAUCGGCCACCGCGGGGCCCCCAUGCUGGCUCCAGAGCACACGCUGAUGUCUUUUCGGAAGGCCCUGGAGCAGAAGCUGCAUGGGCUGCAGGCUGACGUCACUAUCAGCCUGGACGGCGUGCCCUUCCUCAUGCACGACACCUCCCUGCGACGCACCACCAACGUGGAGCAGGAGUUCCCGGAGCUCGCCCGCCGGCCGGCCGCCAUGCUCAACUGGACCAUCCUGCAGCGGCUCAACGCCGGCCAGUGGUUCCUGAAGACGGACCCCUUCUGGACGGCCAGCUCCCUGUCGCCCUCUGACCAGAGGGAGGCCCAGAACCAGUCCAUCUGCAGCCUGGCAGAGCUCCUGGAGCUGGCCAAGGGCAACGCCACACUGCUGCUCAACCUGCGGGAGCCGCCCCGGGAGCACCCGCACCGCGGCAGCUUCCUCAACGUCACGCUGGAGGCUGUGCUGCGCUCCGGCUUCCCCCAGCACCAGGUCCUGUGGCUGCCAAACAGGCAGCGGCCCCUCGUGCGCAAGCUGGCUCCCGGCUUCCAGCAGGCAUCAGGCUCCAAGGAGGCCGUCGCCAGCUUGCGGAAAGGCCACAUCCAGUGGCUGAACCUGCGCUACACUCAGGUGUCCCGCCAGGAGCUCAGGGACUACGCAGCCUGGAACCUGAGCGUGAACCUGUACACUGUCAACGCGCCCUGGCUCUUCUCCCUGCUGUGGUGUGCGGGGGUCCCGUCCGUCACCUCUGACAACGCCUACACCCUGUCCCAGGUGCCUUCCCCUCUUUGGAUCAUGCCGCCGGAAGAGUACUGCCUUCUGUGGGUGGCUGCUGACCUGGUCUCCUUCACGCUCAUCGUGGGCAUCUUCGUGCUCCAGAACUAUCACUUGAUCAGGUGGCGCCUGGGUGGCAUACGGAGCUACAACCCUGAGCAGAUCAUGCUGAGUGCGGCGGUGCACAGGAGCAGCCGGGACGUCAGCAUCAUGAAGGAGAAGCUCAUCUUCUCAGCAGAGAUCAGCGAUGGCGUGGAGGUCUCCGACGAGCUCUCCGUGGGUUCAGACAACAGUUACGACAUCUACACCGACAGCACUGCCACGUCUGUGGGCCCCCGAGGUGGGGGCAGCCGCGCCAAGACCCUCACGGACCGCAGCGGGCGUUAACGGAAGACCUGCCUGUCCCAGCCAAACACAGACACUGGGGGAACCCGGGAGAGCUGGCAGAAGCGUUUGGACUCCCAGUGCUCUGGGAGCCGGCUCCAGCCAUGGCCUCUCCCCUGGUCAGACGACCUGCCUCUCAGAUGCCCCGGCAGGCCUGGGGCUCCUCCUGGGAAGUGCGGGCCUGGGCUCCCUCCCUGCACCUAAGCCUGGACGCUCUGCUGGCUCAGCGGGCCACAGGCCCUCGUGGCAGUGGAGGAGAGGACGCCCACCUGUGCUCCCUCCGUGCGUCUGUCCUGUGCACACCACCAGGUGACUGACUCCUCUCACACAUCCGGCCUCAAGGGCCUGGGCUGUGCCUCUGCCCUCCCAUCAGGCUCAAAGCACAAGGAGGUUUGGUUCAGGAAGAAGGCCAGCCGCAGCGGUGGAGACAUGCGUGCCCCCCCCCCCCACCGUCUCCGCCGGGCCCUGCCCCAGGAGCAGCCGGAGACGGCCAGUGGUGCAGAGACCCCACAGACUGGCCACAGCACACGGGCCACCUAGGGAAAGCGUGCCGGGCAGCAGGCCUGCGCUGGCAGGAGCCUGAGGGCGCCAGCUGAGACCAUUAAAGCUGCCGUCUGGA